AGCCAAUAGCUGGCCGCGCUUCCUCCCUGGGCUGCUCACUUGGAACCAAUCCGGUUAGCUCUUUAGGUUUUACAAAUUGGCGCCCUCGUGGAACUCCGCUACUCCUCGCAGAAGAGCUCGCGAACUUCGUUCUGGUAGUUCAGAUCUUCCCCCUCAACACUUCUGUCAUAAAGUGCGCCACCUUCACUCAGAAGACCAUGCAGAGAGCCUCACGCUUAAAGCGGGAAUUGCACCUGUUAGCCACAGAGCCACCCCCAGGCAUAACUUGCUGGCAGAAUGCAAGCCAAAUGGAUGAUCUCCGGGCCCAGAUCUUAGGUGGGACCAACACACCCUAUGAAAGGGGCAUUUUCAAGCUGGAAGUCUCCAUUCCAGAAAGGUACCCAUUUGAACCUCCAAAAAUACGCUUUUUGACUCCGAUCUAUCACCCUAACAUUGACUCUGCAGGGAGGAUCUGCCUAGAUGUUCUUAAACUGCCCCCAAAGGGAGCUUGGAGACCGUCCCUGAACAUUUCCACUGUGUUGACCUCCAUCCAGCUCCUCAUGUCUGAGCCCAACCCUGAUGACCCCCUCAUGGCUGACAUAUCUUCUGAGUUUAAGUACAACAAACCAACCUUCCUCAAGAAUGCCAGACAGUGGACUGAGAAGCAUGCUCGUCAGAGACAACAGGCUGAAGAAGAUGAGGAGAUAGAGAAUCGACCAGAGCCCAGUAACACCAAAAUUGCAGAAGCACCACAGAAAAGAAAAGGCACCAAGCUGGGGGGCCUGGAGAAGAGACUUUGCCCGGAUGCUUAGGGGAAACCCAUUAUUAGCUGUCUCAGUUGAUAUCUUUUUGUUUCUGUCAAGGGUUCUGAUCAGGCCUGGUCCUUUGGAAUGUUUUUCUUGGCCUUUGAUGAGAGUGGCAUGGUUUUUCCUGCAUAAAACAGGCCUUGUAUAUUUAUGUUUACUGCAGUAGAAUAAUUCUCUGAAUGUAAUUUGUUAUAUUUAUCUUGUACAUAUGUAUUUUGAAACCUUUUAACCCAAAAAAUAAAUAAUCAUUAAACAUUGGA